AUGGGCAAUCAGCAACAGCAAAGCACGGUAUUUAGCGUGCUGAGUGAUGUACAAAACAACAAGGUAAAGGAUGCUAAAAUAAAAUAUCAACGAACCGUCGGAGUUAAUCCGUUGCCAAAACCAGGAAAGCUUGGAGAUGAAAAUACUGUGGAGGGAAAGCAGACCUUACUAACUAAGGUUGUUACCAAAUCGACCGCACUAACUGAACCGUUUAAAGGGUUUGAGAUAUACGACGAAUCCAAGGAAAAUGUGGCAGAAAUGUGUGUUGCGAAAAAAGUUGAUACGUUCCAGGAGAAGCGCGCUCCAUUGCAAGAGUUGAAGCAUGAAGAACUGCUCGAAACUCCUAUGUCGGUAGCAGAAAACUACUCUCCAAUGUCCAUAGACAAAUCGGCAAGCUUAAUCCUUGUUGACGUACCCAUUCCAAGGAACGAUCGUGAGCGUUUCUUUGAGGUUGAAGAAUACCAAGAAGAUAUCCUAAUUUACCUUAAAGAGGCAGAAAAAAGAAAUCGCCCAAAACCGGGAUAUAUGCUGAAACAGACCGAUAUAACUCAUUCCAUGCGUACAAUUCUCGUCGACUGGUUGGUGGAAGUUUCGGAUGAGUAUAAACUGCAAGGAGAAACUCUUGCCCUGGCUGUCUCCUACAUUGAUCGGUUUCUUAGCUUCAUGUCGGUAGUGCGUGCCAAACUGCAGCUGGUCGGUACUGCUGCUAUGUUUAUUGCAGCCAAAUACGAGGAAAUAUACCCACCGGAUGUUAGCGAGUUUGUUUACAUCACAGACGACACGUACACAAAAACACAAGUAUUACGCAUGGAACAACUGAUUUUGAAGGUUUUAUCAUUCGAUUUGACCGUGCCAACAUCAUUAGUAUUUAUCAAUACUUACUGCGUUAUGAAUGACGUACCGGACAAGGUUAAAUACUUGGCUAUGUAUCUUUGUGAAUUGGCGCUGCUCGAAGCGGAUCCUUACCUCACCUACAUGCCAUCAAAAAUCGCUGCUGGAGCGUUAGCAUUGGCUAGACGCGCUCUCAAUCUUCCGAUGUGGUGCAAGAUGUUAGAAAAUAACACUGGGUACAAAGUUGACGAUUUGAAAGAUAUAAUAUUGGACCUAAACAAAACGCAUGUCGAUGCGGCGACGAUGCAACAACAAGCAAUUCAGGAAAAGUAUAAAUCAAAAAAAUUACACGAAGUCGCAACUUUAGCCGUUACUGAACUUUCUAAAACUUCACUAGACAACAUUUGUGAGGUGCUAUGUAACUCUUCUUCAUAAACCCUGCUGCAAACAUAUACUGAUAGCUACUUGACAAAGGGUAU